UCACUGCUUCACCAGCCUUUUAGCUGAUCCUCUCUGGCUCUCUCUCUCAUGUGUUCUUCAAAUCAAAAGCAGCUAGGAGAGUUGCCCAAAAUCUUCUCCACUCAUAAGUUGAGUUUAAAACCCUGAUUUCCCCAUUCGGAUCAUUGACAAACUACCAUCGACCCAUAGAAAUCAGGUAUACAAUAUAAAGAAAGUGCUUCCCUGAAUAUGGCUUUAGGAAAAUAUUCCCGGGUAGAUGGGAGGAAAUCAAGUUACUGCUCAACUGUUACUGUCGUCGUGUUUGUUGGUGUUUGUUUGGUUGGAGUUUGGAUACUCAUGUCAUCAGCUGUUGUUCCUGUUCAGAAUUCAGAUUUGUCUUCUCAGAAAACUGAGAUGGAAUCGAAAAGUAAUGUAACCGAAACCUAUGCUAACCAAUUGGAAGAUGGUCCAGGUGAUAUGCCAGAGGAUGCAACAAAAGGAGACAAUAGCUUGACAGACAAUCUGGAUAAGAGAAAAUCAGACGAUGAUAGUCAGGGCUUACCUGAGAAAGAGCUGGAGAAGACAAUUGAGGUGGAGGGAACCCAAGAGAAAUACAUGGAGAGCAUUGAAGCAAAGUCUGAAACUGAAGAGGAAAUGAAGAGAGGGUCUGAGAAUGAUGGAGCUGGAAACAAGGAAGCGGACUCCAAUUCAUACGGAGAAUCCAAUUUAGGAGAUGAAGAUUCCAGUUCAGGAGUUAGCAAGAUAAGAGAAGAAGCCAAUGAAGUGAAGGCCAGUGGGCAGUCAGAAUUGGAGGAAAGCCAAAAUGAGGAUCAUUUGAAUUUGGAUGAUAACGUGAAGAAACCUACAGAGCAAAACACAGAGGAAAGAAAACGUGAUUAUAAAGUUGAAGGUGAGACUCAUGAGAAAAUUGAGGAAAAUCAAGAUAAGGAUUCUGUUGAAAGCCUUCCUGAAACCAAGAUGGAAGAUGAGGCAAAAGAUCCAAGCUCAAAUGAUAUGUUCUCUGCUGGAUCCCAAUCUGAGAUUUUGAAUGAGACUUCCACCCAGAAUGGACCUUGGUCAACUCAAGCGGCAGAGUCUGAGAAUGAGAAGGAAUUGCAAAAGUCUGUUCCGUUGAAAGAUAUCAAAAAGUACAAAUGGAAACUUUGUAAUGUCACUGCUGGGCCAGACUAUAUUCCUUGUCUUGACAACGUGCAGGCUAUCAGAGAACUUCCGAGCACUGCACACUUUGAACAUCGAGAGAGGCACUGUCCUGAUGAAGCUCCAACCUGCCUUGUUCCUCUGCCAGAAGGAUACAAAAAACCAGUUAGAUGGCCAAAAAGCAGGGAACAGAUAUGGUACCGUAAUGUUCCCCACACAAAGCUUGCAGAAGUUAAGGGGCAUCAAAAUUGGGUUAAAGUCACUGGAGAUUACCUUACUUUUCCUGGUGGUGGGACCCAGUUUAAGAAUGGGGCUCUUCAUUAUAUUGAUUUCAUCCAGAAUUCUCUUCCUGAAAUUGCUUGGGGUAAACAAAGCCGUGUCAUCCUGGAUAUUGGGUGUGGGGUGGCCAGCUUUGGUGGAUAUCUUUUUGAAAGAGAUGUACUUGCAAUGUCAUUUGCUCCCAAGGAUGAGCAUGAAGCACAAGUGCAAUUUGCACUUGACAGGGGGAUCCCAGCUGUAUCAGCAGUUAUGGGUACCAAGAGGCUACCCUUUCCCAGUAAGGUCUUUGACAUUGUCCAUUGUGCCAGGUGUAGAGUCCCUUGGCAUGUUGAAGGUGGCAAACUUCUCUUGGAAUUGAAUCGUCUUUUGAGACCUGGUGGAUACUUUGUGUGGUCUGCUACUCCUGUUUAUAGAAAGGGGCCUGAAGAUGCUGGGAUUUGGAAAGCUAUGUCUAGACUGACAAAGUCAAUGUGCUGGGAUCUCAUGAGCAUUAAGAAAGAUAAAUUGAAUGAAGUUGGUGCAGCUAUAUACAGAAAGCCAACUUCCAAUGAGUGCUAUGAUGAAAGACCCAAAAAUGAGCCUCCAUUGUGCCAAGAAUCUGAUGACCCAGAUGCAGCAUGGAAUGUACCACUUCAGGCAUGCAUUCACAAGGUGCCGGUGAGUGCGUUAGAGCGUGGAUCACAGUGGCCGAAACAAUGGCCACUGAGGAUAGAGGAAGUACCCUACUGGUUAAAACGUUCUCAGGUUGGAGUUUAUGGCAAACCAGCUCCAGAUGACUUCGCUAAGGACUUUGAGCACUGGAAACAUGUUGUAUCCAUGUCAUAUUUGAAUGGUUUAGGAAUCAGCUGGUCUUCGGUGAGGAAUGUAAUGGACAUGAAAGCUGUAUAUGGAGGGUUUGCUGCAGCACUUAAAGACCUGAAAGUGUGGGUUAUGAAUGUAGUUCCAAUCGAUUCUCCAAACACACUUCCAAUAAUAUAUGAGCGCGGGUUAUUUGGGAUGUAUCAUAAUUGGUGUGAAUCAUUCAGUAGUUACCCCAGAACUUAUGAUCUUCUUCAUGCAGAUCACCUCUUCUCUGAUCUCAAGAAAAGCUGCAAACUACCAGUGAUUGCAGAAGUUGAUAGGAUUCUGAGGCCAGAAGGACACUUGAUUGUACGGGAUGAUGUUGAAACCUUAGCUGAGGUGGAGAGCUUGGCCACAUCUCUACACUGGAAGGUUCGAUUAAGAUACUCAAACGAGAAUGAGGGAUUGCUAUGUGUUCAAAAGACAUUUUGGCGUCCCACGGAGUCGGAGAUAAUUAUGUCAGCUAUUGCAUAAGCACCAUGCUUCAAUUUGACGCACUCACCUUUUUUUGGCUGCUGUACUGGGUAUUGUUUGCCUUUUCAAACGGCCUUUUUAUUUUAAGUAUGUAACUACAACAUUUCUUAUCAAUCUGUAUUAAUUUAUCUUGAGCUGGUCAAUCUAUUCCUAUAAUACGCCUCUGCUUUGUCAAGAUAUUUACAUUUUUUGCUCCCAAGAAUCUGAGGGAAUAAGCUCAGAUUGAAAUGUAAAAUUACACUAUAGCAUUGUAUACAGCAAUAAAUUUUAAAUUCUAUUAUUUGCUUCA